CAUGACUGGGGGGUGAGGGGGUAAGGAGAAACAGUGGUGUGAGCCAAGGACCUCCCAAUGUCGCCUGGGGAUGGGGGUAUAGAGGGGUUACAGGAACCUGCUGAGUCUGAGGUGUGGUCUAGUUCACCAAAGAACAUCACGUGAGGUCUCAGAUACAAGCCGGUGUCACACGACUACCAUCACGAAAGGCACAUGAGGCAGACGCUAAGGAGUUCUGUACCUGCACUGACAAUAUGGUCUGACAGCUGUGGCUGGGGCCACCAGCAAAGGUAGAAAAACAGGUUUCCUGUCAGACAAGGGCCAGUUAGCCAUGGAUCUGUCUGCAUGUGUACUGUGUAGUGGCUCCUUCACAGGGGGACCAGUCUGACUGCAAAUGAAGGUGUGCAAGAACUUCAGAAAGAAACUAACAGGAAGAGAAGGGAUUGCGGAAGUAGUUGAGGUCCAGGGCGAUGAGUUUCAGCAGUGCCUCCAACACAUAUAUGCACAGGAAGACAGCGUCCAUGGCGGAGAAGAACCACUCUGAGGGGUUCCCUGAAUACAGCUUGCUGGGGGUGUCGGAGAAGAUCAUGCUAUUCCGGCAUGACGCCGCAUCAGAGAAUGUGCUAGAUCACCUGCGUCCAGACAGUGUCGUGCGUGCUGGGGACCUGAUUGAGGUCGUGCUGUCAGGUGAGACAGUCCUGGGGCACCAGAGCCUGUGGAUGCCGAGCAGGGCCUGAAGGGGAAAGGCCUCAGCUUCCUCUCCCUGCCCCAUCUGAGCCAGCCUGUCUCCCACCCUGAGGCAGAUCAGAACUGGAGCCCCCUAGAAGGGAAAGGCCCCUUGUUCCAUUCCCCCAUCCCACCCAGCCAGUCCCCAUGCCAAGGGGCAGAUCGGAGCCAGUUCCCCACAGAGGGGCAGGCCCUGGACUCCUGUGCCCCCUACCAAACCCACCCCUUCCUCAUUCUUCUCUCUCCCCCCAGCCUCGGUUUCCUUGGAUUUCACUAUCCAGCCCCAUGUGCUGCUUGUUCACUCCUACAAGGCCCCAGCCUUCUGCGACUACUGCGGGGAGAUGCUCUGGGGGCUGGUGCGCCAAGGGUUAAAGUGUCAAGGCUGCGGCCUGAAUUAUCACAAGCGCUGUGCCUUCAAGAUCCCCAACAACUGCCACGGUGUGAGGAGGAACCAGCUGGCCAGUCGCUCACUGGGCACUACCACCACCCCCAGGACUCCUAUCCUUGGCCAGAACGUGGGGGGCAGCCUGGAGGAGAUCAGUCACUGGAAGUGGGGCCAGCAGACGCACGGCCCUGCACUGAUUGGCCGCCCACUCUGGAAGGACUGGAUGGAUCUGAACCGGGUCAAAGUGCCACACACCUUCCAGGUCCACUCGUACACCCGGCCCACUGUGUGCCAGCACUGCAAGCGCCUGCUCAAGGGGCUCUUCCGCCAGGGGCUACAGUGCAAAGACUGUAAAUUCAACUGCCACAAGCGCUGCGUGCAGUUUGUGCCGGAUGAGUGUGCGGUGGAGGGCCUGGCCCCUGGCACAGCAGAUGGCGAGAGCCCAGAGUGCCCAUCUAGCAAGCCAGAGCCAGUGGACGGGGAGGCGGAUGGGGAGGGCACCAGUGGGCAUGAGCUGGCAGAGGACACAGAGGAGACAGAGCCCAGUCCUGGGACUCUAGAGGCAGAGCUGCACACCAACCUCAGCCCCUGUUUCAGCAGCUACAUCCCCUUGAUGCGGGUGGUGCAGUCCUGCCGGCACACCAAGAGGCGGCGCAGCGCCGUCCUGUUGGAGGGAUGGAUGGUGCACUUCACCAGCCGGGACCCCAUGAGGAAGCGCCAUUACUGGGUGCUGGACAGCAAGAGCCUGAGCUUCUUCCACUGUGAGAGCAGAGGCAAGUUCUACAAGGAGCUACCGCUGUCUGAGAUCCUUCAGAUCCGCCCCUGGGAAGGGCUGACACCUCUGGCAUCCAGCGGGAGCCCCCCCUGCUUUGAACUGGUGACAGAGGCCCUGGUGUACUACGUGGGCGAGCACAGCAGUGAGCGGGAGCCAGGGCAGGUCUGGGCAAGGGCGGAAGCUGGAAAGGCCUGGGCCAGGGCCAUCCGCCAGGCCCUAUGGCCUGUGAACCCUCAGCCUGACAGCUCUGUCCAGGAGCCCAAUUCUGACUAUGAGUCCCCAGAUGACACGGCCAUCAGCCGUUCCUAUCAGAUCUUCCCUGACGAGGUGCUGGGCGCUGGGCAGUUCGGGGUGGUGUAUGGCGGAAAGCACAGGAAAUCUGGCCGGGAUGUGGCCGUGAAAGUCAUCGACAAGCUGCGCUUCCCUCCCCGGCAGGAAAAUCAGUUCCGCAAUGAGGUCUCUAUCCUGCAGAGCCUGCACUCCCCCUGCGUAGUGCACCUGGAGUGCAUGUUCGAAGGCCCCGCCCGGCUCUUUGUGGUGAUGGAGCGGCUGCAUGGCGACAUGCUGGAAAUGAUAUUGUCCAGCGAGAAUGGGCGGCUGCCCGAACCCCUUGCCAAGUUCCUCACUGCCCAGAUCCUGUCUGCCCUGCGCCACCUGCACACCCGGAACAUCGUGCACUGUGACCUCAAGCCAGAGAACGUGCUGCUGGCCUCGGAUGAGCCUUACCCCCAGGUAAAGCUCUGUGACUUUGGCUUCGCCCGCAUCAUUGAGGAGUCAUCGUUCCGGCGCUCGGUGGUGGGGACCCCAGCGUACCUGGCACCCGAAGUGCUGCGGCAACAUGGUUACAACCGUGCCCUGGACAUGUGGGCUGUGGGCGUCAUCAUCUAUGUCAGCCUGAGCGGGACUUUCCCCUUCAACGAGGAGGAGGACAUCAAUGAUCAGAUCCAGAACGCAGCCUUCAUGUACCCCCGGCAGACCUGGGCUAGCAUCUCCCUUGAGGCUGUCAGCCUCAUCCACCAGCUGCUGCAGGUGAAGCUGAGGAAGCGACUGAGUGUGAACAAGGCGCUGAACCACCCCUGGCUGCAGGAUUUCCAGACCUGGCUGGCCCUGCGGGAGCUGGAGACCCAUGUGGGGCAGCGCUACCUCACCCAUCCAAGUGACGACGCUCGCUGGCAGCGCCUCGCCCGUGAGCAGGGGCUGGCCUGGCCAUCAGGGCUCACCAUUCAGCCCAGCCUGGAGGAGGAAGAGGACAGCGACAAUGCAGAUGGGGAGAGCUGAAUCCUCCUGCCCCCAGGACUCACUACUCAUGGGAAGUGGGGGGUGCGGGGACCCCUCGGCACCACGUUGUCCCCAUAAACUGAUUUUCCCCAAACAUGGUACAUGUGGUCUGUG